UUAUAGAGCCGGUCAGAGCUAGAAAAGAGAGAGAAAGAAAGAGGAGGGGAAGAGAUCAAACAAACAGUGUGAGGAGCAGGAUGUCCCAGCAAGACAAAGCCAGGCUGUGAGCACCAUGUACGUGAGUUACCUUUUGGAUAAAGAGACCAGCAUGUAUCCAGGACCCGCAAGGUGCAGCAACAACAACCUGCCAGUGCAGAACUUUGUGCCCGCUCCCCCCUACUCAGACUACAUGGGGUACCACCACGUGCCAGCUCCAGACGGCCACGGACAGCCCGCGGGAGCCUGGGGACCCCACUACGGCCCCCAGAGGGAGGACUGGAACGCUUACGGCCCGUGCCCGGGGCCCUCCGGCACGGCUGCUGCCGCGCAGCUCAGCGCCUCGUCUCCUGGGCAGGGCUCCUACAGCCCAGCUGAGUACAGCUCCCUGCAUCCCGCCGCAGCCGGGGGGUUACCUCCUGCAGGUACCGGUGGCACACAGCAGGGCUCCCCCACCAGCCAAAGGCACAGCUCUUACGAAUGGAUGAGGAAAACGGUGCAAUCCACUUCCACAGGUAAAACAAGAACAAGAGAGAAGUACCGAGUGGUUUACACAGAUCAUCAGAGAUUAGAAUUAGAGAAGGAAUUUCAUUACAACAGAUACAUUACAAUCAGGAGGAAGUCUGAACUUGCUGCAAACCUAAGACUUUCCGAGAGACAGGUGAAAAUCUGGUUCCAGAACCGCAGAGCCAAGGAAAGAAAAUUAAUGAAGAAGAAAAUGACUCAUUUUGAUGGCAGCAAUCUUGGCUCUAUGCAGAGUGACUCUGGCUCAGUGAGCCCAAUGCCAGCUCCUGACCAACAGACUCACUCCGAAAUGCCCAGCUCUUUGUUCCCUCCUCCACCUCCUCCAGCUCCGCUUGCGAUGAACGGCCUGCAGCACUCUGGGAACCUGCAGCAGGUGGUGGCCUCUCAGUAA